AUGGAGGAGAGCAGAGGAGAGCUGGGGGGGGGGGGGGGUGAGAGGAGGAGCGCUGGGGAGGGGGGGGGGGGUAUGAGAGGAGGAGAGCUGGGGAGGGGAGGGGGGGUGAGAGGAGGAGAGCUGGGGAGGGCGGAUGAGAGGAGGAGAGUGGAGGAGGGGAUUAAGUACCCCAGGGACCCUGGGAGCUGAAUUGGACAUUUGGGGUAUGUGUGUGUGUGUGUUGGUGUGCGUGCAAGCGCACUUGUGUGUGUGUGUUGUGUGGGGGGGAGGGGUCUCAGCAUUAGCAACCCCCCUAAACAGAAACCGACAAAGACACAUAUACACACAUGAAUCUCACACACAUACAUGCCCCUCUCCUGGCCUGGUGAUGGAAAAUACAGGCAGUGGUCUGCACCAGCAAACACACAUGAACUCAACCAUCAAGUGCUUGGGCUUUGAUACUGUCAUUCCAAACGUUUGUGCGUCCACUGAUAUACAUGUAUUGUCAUACACAGUAGUACUGUAUGUUUUAUUUGAUGUGGGAGUUCAUAUAUAAUCUGAAAGGCACUCCAUACUUCUGUGCAGUAGAUUAUAAGAACAAUAGUUCUAAAGAUGUUCACCCUCCUACCCUUAUCCAUGUACUGUAGAUCACUGGAACAGCCCAUCUGAUUUCUUCUCCUCUCACCCCUCCUUUGCAGAUAAUUGGAACGAUCCCACUGAUGCCCAACUCUGGGGGGCCCUCGAGCCAAUCAGGGGGCGGAAACCCUGCGCUGCAGGUCCAGCCAAUUACACCUCAGCUUCUGACCAACACCCAGGGCCAGAUCAUUGCCACAGUGAUCGGCAAUCAGAUCCUGCCUGUCAUCAACACCCAGGGAAUCACGCUGUCACCAAUCAAGCCUGGACAGCAGGUAACCACACACACACGUACUGUAUAGUACACACACAUGCACAGACACAUUAGACACAAUACAUACAAGACACAUGAAGAUAUUCCUACUCACAGAAGAUGCCAAUUGAGUACAUUCGCAGACCACAAAUCUGUGUAGAUAUAGCUUACUCGUGAGAAAAGUAACCCAAACAAAACUAGUCAGGUCUGAUCUUCUCAUCUUCUGUCUAAACACAACUUGAAAAUAUUUCCUUCUCAUAAACAUAACUCCCAACUGGAGCAUUUCAUUGCUCCAAGUGUUUGGAAGCGGUUGCUUUCGAUUAAACCAUUCAAAUUGACUCUCUUGACUAUGGCAGUAAAGAUUAUAGAAGUGUGACAGAAAGAAAGUGAUAGUGCAUGUAUCAAAAUCUGUCAAGCCUUUGAAAAGAUACUCUAUUUUUAGGAGCUAAUAAGCAGCACCAUGGUGCAUCCUCACAAAGGUGUGUGUUUGUGUGUAAAGCACCUGUCAGGGAACCUCUCAAACUCCCUCUCUGGCAGUCUGCAGAGCCCCUGCAGAGCCAAACGAAAAACAACUUUUCAUCACCCCACUUAAAACUCAAACACUACCUCACUCUGUUUUCACCCUGUUUCUUUUUUCUCUCACUCCCGCUAUAUUUCUCUCUCUCAUCCUCCCCACAUAUUCGUGACCUUAUCUGUGACCUGAGCAUGUCGUAAUUCUCCUUAAUCACAUAUUUAAAAGGAGAAUCGUGUGUCUCUAGCUAGCGUAACAAUAAAACACAGUGCUGAGCCUCUAAAAGAGGUUCUCUUAGAACAUGCACAGACGAACAUGGACGUGUAAAUGCAUGGUAGGAGUCAGAGGCACACUUACCAAAGAAAACAAAGAAAUGUCACAGCUUUAAGUCUACUAUGGACCCGGCUUUCAGCCAUAAAAAUGAAGAUAAAAAAAGUGAAAGAUGCUAUGUAAACGGCAAGGACAGUAGUUAAACCUGAUAGGGUGGAUUAACUCAGAAGAUGGCCUUAAAUGUGACUUCACAGAACACCAGAUCACACUUGUGGACGUUUGUAAUAAUGUUUGUUUUUUUGUCCUCACUUCAAAGCCACGGACGUAGACAACGACUGUUCCACGGGUAUCAUUUACGGUUGUCAGCGCCAGCAAUGCCGAAUAUUUCCAGUGAAGCUAGAUAAUUCUCACUGCCUGUCAACCGUCUCGACAGUAUGUGCAUCGCUGUUGACAUCCACCACCACUCCAAACAAACACAUGCCGAGGGGAAAAUAAUUAAUAGCGAGAGAGAGUACUGAGAAAGUCAACCUAGUUUAUGGAGGAGACAGCUUUGACUUUAGAGUGAAGACGUAUCAGCUUGAUCUUGUAAGAGCAAUUCAUUUGCGCACCAAACAUGAAAAUACAUAGUUUUCUUACAGCCAGAGCACAUUGCCUGUAAAUCAUAAAUUAAGUUUGAUAAGGGAGUGGCGGUGUCUUUUCCUGCGCCGACAUGCCUUUAUUAGCAAUUACCUUAUGUGAUGACUGGAGAAAACACCCUAUAAUUAUCUAAAUGUUUUUUUCUACACUCCUGUAUGGCAGGCAGGGGAUGGUAGAGGUCUUCACGGGUCCAAAAAGUUGGAAGAAUGAAAUCUGAAAUGGACCUGGGGCUUUCCCACCCGAACCCAAUAUGCAUACAUUUUUUUUAUAUACAGACACUCAUUCCGAACGGACCAGAGGACAAGCAGACCCGUUCCAUAUAGACCUGGUCGGAUCCAGACACGAUCCAAUCCGAGUGAGGGAAGCAGCAGAAAAUAUUUUUAAGCUACUUUAUUGACCGGAGCUGAUAAAGCGUGAUAGGAGGGAGACAGAAGUGCUGCUCUAGCAGGCGGGGGGCACCAUACUGUGAGCGAGUGACACUGGGAGCAGGGAGGGAGAAACGAGAGACAGCAACCAACCAAGCCGACUCGUGCUAUAGUAGACUAAAAGCUGCCAUAGCUAGGUUAUUUAUCAUCAAAUAUGACUGCAUCAAACUGGGAGAAGCUAGUUAAGCUAGCUAAAGUUAGCUACAGUAGCUAGGCUAAUUGAGGCUGCAGUGCAUGCACUUUCUCAUCCUACAGUUACAAAUAAUAACUCCAUUCAGAAUAUUAAGUAGCAGCCUACCUGUUGGCUCUUAGUCAUUGUAGCCUAUCCUUCUCCUUUAACUUUUAAUUCCGUCAUUUGAUUUCCAUCCUCCAUUGAUUAGAUAUCUCCUAACUUUUGCCACACAUGGAGUGAGGCUCUAUGACUGUAACCUAUUGCCACUUUGAUGACUCAUGUUUGGCCAACAACAAGCUAUACGCGCCACGCUCCACUCUCAUGAAAAGCAAGAGCAGCAGCAUAAAUGAUAUAAUUUCGCUCUACUGCAGCAGUACAUUCAGAUAUGUACGGGCCCUUCCGGACAAGUCAUUUAAAAUUACCGGGCAGAGACCAUUGACAAUCAUAUCAGAUUCAACCCAGACCCGUGACAUUAUUUAAAAUUCUGGUUCCGGACCUGCUCGAGUCCCGGAUCGGGUCUCGGGUAUAUGGGUACAGGUGGAUCCAUUAAGACCUCUAUGGGACGGUAAUGCUCAUGGAGAGCGGAAGAGAGAGAGAAAUACAAACAGCUGAGCCACCAUUCAUCUCCUAUCAAACCCCAGUGUCUCUUUUAUACUAAUCUAACACUGUCUGUUUCAAUAGUAAUCUAGCUCUGAAUGGUCUUCUCUAGGGAUGGGUAACUUUGAUGGGGGCCACAAAAAAACGGAACUCAUCAGUGACUCGUGGGUCUGCAUACACACUUCCAUACCCCCCCCCCCCCCCCCCCCCCCCCCCCCCCCCCCCAAGCAAAACAUUUUAGCAAAACGUUUUAGCGGCCCCCCUCAUGAAGAGAGGGGUGUAGAGAAAAUGUUGCCGUUUUAAAGCAAGUUUGCUGCAAUUCUACACAUUUUGCCAUUGGGUAGAGGCAAAUGUUUUCCGUUUUUAAUAUGAUAACUGAUGAUCGAUGGGUCCCACCCCGGUCAGUAAUUCGACCAUGCUUACUACAAGUUUAGAUAGCUGGCCGCUAGACUAAUUUACCAAUCUAAUUGAGUGACUGCUGAUGCAAAACCAAAUUUUAAAAUUGCUCCUUGUGUAUUCUAUUAUUCUAACUCUCAACCGUAAGUUGAGACCCUGACAGAGUUCCUAAAAAUGAUUUUCAAGAUAACUUGUAGUGUUAUUGAGUUGUAAUAUUAUAGUGGUUGUAUUGUUGUUUUAAGUCAAUAUUUAAUUUCUGUGUGUGUGUCCUCAGCUGCCUCAGGCUCAGCCGGUUCAGACAGGCCCAGUGUCGUCUCAGCCCAACCUGCUCCACAUGCCCCACAGUCAGAGUCCUCUCCGCCAGGUCUCUUCCUCCUCAUCAUCAUCAUCUUCCUCCUCCGCUCUCAGCGUGGGUCAGCUGGUCAGCAGUGAGUACCCGGCGACAUCCUCACACGCAAACACACAAACACACACACUCAUAUUAAAAUAACAUACAAGCAUACAGAUAAACCUACAUUGUCAGAUAAUUACAUUUUGUAAUUGACCACAUGUUGGUGAACCUUCUAUUUCAAGAGUGCUGGCUUUCUGUUUGUCCAAAAACAUUCGAUUUUUCGGUAACGCUUCAUUUUAUAGCCUGUUAAUUACUAUGUAUUUACCUAGUAAAUACGUAGUAACAAAAACGAUAUACAUAGUAACAAUUUAGUCUUAAACAAGCAAGUAAGUACUACAUACUUAUUUAGUAAUAAUAUAGGUAAGUACAAGUAAGUAAGAAGUACAAGUAAGAACCAGCGUAUUACCAUGUAAAUAUGUAGUCACGCCGGUCUCUUUCAAAGUAAUACCUAAGAAAAACCAAUGAACAUACAUGGUAAUUUAUCAUUUAAAUACCUUCAUUUAAAUACCAAAUAAAUACCUUCAAGUGAUCCUCUUGUGUUGAUAUUCUCUCAGUUAUUUCAGAGUACUUUACCUUUAGUUACCAUGCAUGGUCACAGUAACAGGGCUGUAAAAUUAAGUGAUGUCUGUUUCCAUGUAGAUACAAUGUAGUUACUUGUGAGUUACCACUGCAUUGGAUGAUUCCAUCGCAUGAAGACAACAGCAACAUUUUCUUUGAUCUUACCCUGUUGUUACAUGGUACCACCUUCACACUCACAGGGUAGGUAGGAGGUAAGAGGGCUGUAGAAUGAAACCAUUGCUAAUACCAUAUACAGUGCUUAUAGAAAGUAUACACCCCCUUAAAAAAAAUGUCACCUUUUGUUGCCUUAUAGCCUGGAUGUAAAAUGCAUAAAAAUUGUAGGUUUCACAUUGUACCCCACAACUUCCAAGUUUAAAAUAUAUUCAGAUUUAUUUUUUGCAAAUCAAUACAAAAUAAAACCUGAAAUAGCUUGGUUGGAUAAGUGUCCCUUGUAAUAGCAAUCCUAAAUUAGCACAGGUGUAACCAGUCACCUUCAAAAUCACAUGCCAAGUUGAUUGGCCUCCAAUUGUAGUGAUUCACAUGAUUUCAGGAUAAAUUCAGCAGUUCCUGUAGGUUCCCUCUGCUGGGUAGUGAAUUGCAAAGCAAUCACUUAACCAUGAGCACCAAGGAGCUUUCAACCCCCAAGACCUAGAUCAGGCCCUCCCUCCAAACUGGAUGACCAACCAAGUAGGAGACUGAUCAGAGGCUACCAUGAUUCCAAUGGCAACUUUGAAAUAACUACAGGCUUUUAUGGCCAAGACUGGUCAAAGUGUGCAUGUGACAACAAUAUCCCAAGCACUCCACAAAUCUGGCAUGUAUGGUAGGGUGGCAAGAAGGAAGCCAUUACUCAAGAAAGCCCACCUUGAAUCCCAUUUGAAGUAUGCAAAAAAAAACACUCGGGAGACUUUGUAGCCAUGUGGCAAAAAGUUUUGUGGUCUGACAAAACUAAAAUUUAACUUUUUGGCCUAAAUGCAAAGCGUUACGUUUGGCGCAAAUCCAACACAUCACCCAAAGAACACCAUCCCUACUGUGAAGCGUGGUGGCAGCAUCAUAUUAUGGGAUGUUUCUCAUCGUCAGGAUAGAAGGGGAAAUGAAUGGAGCAAUGUACAGAAAACUCCUUGAGGAAAACCUGCUGCCCUCUGCAAGAAAGCUGAAACAGGGACGGAAGUUCACCUUUCAGCAUGACAACGACUCAAACCAAAGCUAAAGUGGAGUUGCUAAGGAAUAAAAAGGUAAAUGUCCUUGAGUGGCCCAGUCAGAGCCUCGACCUAAAUCCAAUCGAAAAUGUGUGGCACGACUUGAAAAUUGCUAUCCAUCAAUGCUCCCAAAGGAACUUGACAGAGCUUGAACAGUUUUGUAAAGAAGAAUGGUCAAAUAUUGCCAAAUCUAGGUGUGCAACCUGGUCUCAGAGCAUUUCGUAUUAUUCUGUAAGUAAAUCCGAGAUACUCUAUUUAUUAUUAUAUGUUAUGUUUUGUAUGGUAUGUAUUAAUUUGUGGAUAUCCAUCAUCCAUUUCAUAUGAUAUGUUACAAAUUAUAAUUUGUAUGAUAUGUUACGAAUUGCAAUUCGUAUGAUAUGUUAGAAAUUCCAAUUUGUUGUGGCUAGGUGGCUAACAUUAGCUAGGCUAAAGGUUAGGGGUUAAGGUUAGGAGUUAGGUUUAAGGGUUAAGGUUAGUGUUAGGGGAAGGGUUAGCGAACAUGCUAAGUAGUUGCAAAGUAGCUAAUUAGCAAAAAUGCUAAAGUUGUCCGUGAUGAGACUCAAACACGCAACCUACGUUCGCGUUAUGCGCCCACCCAUCCACCUCGACAAACUAUCCUCCUUUCAUUUUUGCCUUAAGUAACCUUCUGUCUUAUGUAACCAUACCAAACGCGACAUAUAAUACUAAUUUCAAUGUCCCGGAUUUAGAUUUUUUUAUGUUACGUCUAGUCUAGGAACCCAGGCUGAGCAAAGUUGGUAGAGACCUAUCCCAACAGACUCGAAAGCUGUAAAUGAUGCCAAAGGUGCUUCCACCAAGUAUUAACUCAAGGGGGUGGAGACUUAUCCAAUUAUGAUAUUUCUGUUUUGUAUUUUUAAAAAUAGAUUUACACUACAUGACCAGAAGUAUGUGGACACCUGCUUGUCCAACAUCUCAUUCCAAAAUCAUCUGCAUUUAUAUGGAGUUGGUCCCCCCUUUGCUGCUAUAACAGCCUCCACUCUUUUUGGAAGGCUUUCCACUAGAUGUUAGAACAUUGCUGUGGGGACUUGCUUCCAUUCAGCUACGACCAUUAGUGAGGUCGGGCACUGAUGUUGGAUGAUUAGGCCUUGUUCGCAGUCGGUGUUCAAAUUCAUCCCAAAGGUGUUCGAUGGGGUUGAGGUCAGGGCUCUGUGCAGCCCAGUCAAGUUCUUCCACACCGAUCUCGACAAACCAUUUCUGUAUGGACCUCGCUUUGUGCACGGGGGCAUUGUCAUGCUGAAACAGGAAAGGGCCUUCCCCAAACUGUUGCCACAAAGAUGGAAGCACAGAAUCGUCUAGAAUGUCAUUGUAUGCUGUAGCAGUCACCUAAGUCAUAGACUGUUCUCUCUGCUACCGCAUGGCAAGCGGUAACGGAGCGCCAUGUUUAGGUCCAAAAGGCUCCUUAACAGCUUCUACCCCCAAGCCAUAAGACUGUUGAACAAUUAAUCAAAUGCCCCCCCCCCCCCCCCCCCCCCCCCUUUGUUGAGCGACUUACAGUUAGUGAGUGUAUACAUCUAUGCAGAGUCACUUUACCCCUACCUACAUGUACAAAUUACCUCAACUAACCUGUACCCCCGCACAUUGACUCGGUACCGGUACCCCCUGUAUAUAGCCUCGUUGUUGUUAAUUUAUUGAGUUACUUUUUAUUAAAUUUUUUACUUUAGUUUAUUUAGUAAAUAUUUUCUUAACUAUAUUUCUUGACCUGCAUUGUUGGUUAAGGGCUUGUAAGUAAGCAUUUCACGGUAAGGUCUACACCUGUUGUAUUCGGCGCAUGUGACGAAUAACAUUUGAUUUGAUUAGCGUUAACAUUUCCCUUCACUGGAACUAAGGGGCCUAGCCCGAACCAUGAAAAACAGCCCCAGACCAUUAUUCCUCCUCCACCAAACUUUACAGUUGGCACUAUGCAUUGGGGGCAGGUAGCGUUCUCCUGGCAUACGCCAAACCCAUAUUCUUCCGUCAGACUGCCAGAUGGUGAAGGAAUUGUCCGUAGAGCUCCGAGACCAGAUUGUGUCAAGGCACAGAUCUGGGGUAGGGUAUCAAAAAAUGUCUGCAGUAUUCAAGGUCCGCAAGAACACAGUGGCCUCCAUCAUUCUUAAAUGGAAGAAGAUUGGAACCACCAAGACUCUUCCUAGAGCUGGCUGCCUGGCCAAACUGAGCAAUCGGGGGAGAAAGGAUGUGCUCAAGAACCUGAUGGUCACUCUGGCAGUGCUCUAGAGUUCCUCUGUGGAGAUGGGAGAACCUUCCAGAAGGACAACCAUCUCUGCAGCACUCCACCAAUCAGGCCUUUAUGGUAGUGGCCAGACGGAAGCCUCUCCUCAGUAAAAGGCACAUAACAGCCCGCUUGGUGUUUGCCAAAAUGCACCUAAAGGACUCUCAGACCAUGAGAAACAAGAUUCUCUGCUCUGAUGAAACCACGAUUGAACUCUUUGGCCUGAAUGCCAAGCGUCAUGUCUGGAGGAAACCUGGCACCAUCCCUACGGUGAAGCAUGGAUGUGGCAGCAUCAUGCUGUGGGGAUGUUUUUCAGUGGCAGGGGCUGGGAGACUAGUCAGGAUGGAGGGAAAGAUGAGUGAAGCAAAGUACAGAGAGAUCCUUGAUGAAAACCUGCUCCAGAGCGCUCAGGACCUCAUACUGGGGGCGAAGGUUCACCUUCCAACAGGACAACGACCCUAAGCACACAGCCAAGACAACGCAGGAGUGGCUUCGGGACAGGUCUCUCUGAAUGUCCUUGAGUGGCCCAGCCAGAGCCCGGACUUGAACCCAAUCAAACAUCUCUGGAGAGACCUGAAAAUAGCUCUGCAGCGACGCUCCCAUCCCACUUGACAGAGCUUGAGAGGAUCUGCAGAGAAGAAUGGGAGAAACUCCCCAAAUACAGGUGUGCCAUGCUUGUAGCGUCAUACCCAAGAAGACUUAAUUGCUGCCAAAGGUGCAUUAACAAAGUACUGAGUAAAGGGUCUGAAUACUUACACUACCGGUCAAAAGUUUGAGAUUUUUGGUUCCACCCGCCGUGUCUUUGUGAGACGCGGUGUGGGUGAAUGGAUGAUCUCCGCAUAUGUAUUUCCCACCGUAAAGCAUGAAGGAGGAGGUGUUAUGGUGUGGGGGUGCUUUGCUGGUGACACUGUCUGGGAUUUAUUUAGAAUUCAAGGCACACUUAACCAACGUUUGCGACCACAGCAUUCUGCAGUGAUACACCAUCCCAUCUGGUUUGGGCUUAGUGGGACUAUAAUUUGUUUUUCAACAGGACAAUGACCCAACACACCUCCAGGCAGUGUAAGGGCUAUUUUACAAAGAAGGAGAGUGAUGGAGUGCUGCAUCAGAUGACCUGGCCUCCACAAUCCCCCGACCUCAACCAAAUUGAGAUGGUUUGGGAUGAGUCGGACUGCAGAGUGAAGAAAAAGCAGCCAACAAGUGCUCAGCAUAUGUGGGAACUCCUUCAAGACUGGUUGAGAGAAUGCCAAGAAUGUGCAAAGCUGUCAUCAAGGCAAAGGAUGGCUAUAUAAAGAAUCUCAAAUAUAAAAUAUAUUUUGAUUUGUUUAACACUUUUUUGGUUACUACAUGAUUCCAUAUGUAUUAUUUCAUAGUUUUGAUGUCUUCACUAUUAUUCUACAAUGUAGAAAAUAGUACAAAUAAAGAAAAACCCAUGAAUGAGUAGGUGUGUCCAAACUUUUGACUGGUACUGUGUGUAUCCCGAGUGUGUUGGGCCCUGAGUGGCGCAGCGGUCUAAGGCACUGCAUCUCAGUGCUAGAGGCGUCACUACAGAUCCUGGUUUGAUUCCAGGCUGUAUCACAAUCUGGCUGUGAUUGGGAGUCCCAUAGGGCGGUGCACAAUUGGCCCAGCAUCGGCCGGGGUAGGCUGUCAUUGUAAAUAAGAAUUUGUUCUUAACUGACUUGCCUGGUUAAAUAAAAAAUCCCUGGUAUAUUACAUCAUAUACCAGGGACAAGACAUAGGCCUAUUUUUGGACUCACCGUUGUGCUGUUGAACAGGGUGGUGCGGCGUUCCUUCUUGUCAUCAAAGUCUGGAAUUCUCUGGAUUGAUGGUGCUUUCAAGACAACUGGGAACUCGGGGGGGGGGGGGGGGGGGGAAAUGAGGUUGAAUCAUGACAUCAGUGAUCUUCAGGUUGGAAAGUCUGAUAUCUAGAAAGAGAUCAGAGUUCCCGACUUGGAAUUCUGAGUUGGAUGACCGUUCAAAACGUAUUUUCCCAGUUGGAGCUAGUUUUUUUUUCCAAGUUCCCAGUUGUCUUGAACGUACCGAAGUCAGAGAUUUCCCAGUUCCAUGUUCUGAGUUCCCAGUUGUUUUGAACCCGGCAGAAGUCAUGCUGGAUUGACAGCAUGGCCAAUAUAUUAUGUAUGAGUUCACACAAAUGCUGAGCACUUGUUGGCUGCUUUUCCUUCACUCUACGGUUCAACUCAUCCCAAACAAAUCUCAAUCUUGAGGUCGGGUGAUUGUGGAGGCCAGGUCAUCUGAUGCAGAACUCCAUCAAUCUCCAUGGUCAAAUAGCCCUUACACAGCCUGGAGGUGUGUUUUGGGUCAUUGUCCUGUUGAAAAACAAAUGAUAGUCCCACUAAGCGCAAACCAGAUGGGAUGGCGUAUCGCUGCAGAAUGCUGUGGUAGCCUUGCUGGUUAAGUGUGCAUUGAAUUCUAAAUAAAACACAGACAGUGUCACCAGCAGAGCACCCCCACACCAUCACACCUCCUCCUCCAUGCUUCACGGUGGGAACCACACAUGCGGAGAUCAUCCGUUCACCUACUCUGGAACCAAACAUUUUAAAUUUGGACUUAUCAGACCAAAGGACAGAUUUCCACCGGUCUAAUGUCCAUUGCUCGUGUUUCUUGGCCCAAGCAAGUCUCUUCUUCUUAUUGGUGUCCUUUAGUAGUGGUUUAUUUGCAGCAAUUCGACCAUGAAGGCCUGAUUCACGCAGUCUCCUCUUAACAGUUGAUGUUGAGAUGUGUCUGUUACUUGAACUCUGUGAAGCAUUUAUUUGGGCUGCAAUCUGAGGCUGGUAACUCUAAUGAACUUAUCAUCUGCAGCAGAGGUAACUCUGGGUCUUCCUUUCCUGUGACAGUCCUCAUGAGAGCCAGUUUCAUCACAGCGCUUGAUGGUUUUUGCGACUGCACUUAAAAGUUCUUGAAACUUUCUGGAUUGACUGACCUUCAUGUCUUAAAGAAAUGAUUGACUGUUGUUUCUUUUGCUUAUUUGAGCUGUUCUUGCCAUAAUAUGGACUUGGUCUUUUACCAAAUAGGGCUAUCUUCUGUAUACCACCCCUACCUUGUCACAACACAACUGAUUGGCUAAAACGCAUUAAGAAGGAAAGAAAUUCCACAAAUUAACUUUUAACAAGGCACACCUGUUAAUUGAAAUGCAUUCCAGGUGACUACCUCAUGAAGCUGGUUGAGAGAAGGCCAAGAGUGUGCAAAGCUGUCAUCAAGGCAAAGGAUGGCUACUUUGAAGAAUCUCAAAUAUAAAAUAUAUUUUGAUUUGAUUAACACUUUUUUGGUUACUACAUGAUUCCAUAUGUGUUAUUUCAUAGCUUUGAGGUCUUCACUAUUAUUCUACAAUGUAGAAAAUAGUACAAAUAAAGAAAAACCCAUGAAUGAGUAGGUGUGUCCAAACUUUUGACUGGUACUGUAUGUAUACUAUAGCUAGGAAAGUAAUACUUUGUGUAUGUUGUGUAGUAAGCUGUUAGUAGUGUGUCUCACCCUAAGAAUUUGGUCCCUCUCCCCCUCAGAACUUAACCUACAGUGAGGGAAAAAAGUAUUUGAUCCCCUGCUGAUUUUGUACGUUUGCCCACUGACAAAGAAAAGAUCAGUCUAUAAUUUUAAUGGUAGGUUUAUUUGAACAGUGAAAGACAGAAUAACAACAAAAAAAUCCAGAAAAACGCAUGUCAAAAAUGUUAUAAAUUGAUUUGCAUUUUAAUGAGGGAAAUAAGUAUUUGACCCCCUCUCAAUCAGAAAGAUUUCUGGCUCCCAGGUGUCUUUUAUACAGGUAACGAGCUGAGAUUAGGAGCACACUCUUAAAGGGAAUGCUCCUAAUCUCAGCUUGUUACCUGUAUAAAAGACACCUGUCCACAGAAGCAAUCAAUCAAUCAGAUUCCAAACUCUCCACCAUGGCCAAGACCAAAGAGCUCUCCAAGGAUGUCAGGGACAAGAUUGUAGACCUACACAAGGCUGGAAUGGGCUACAAGACCAUCGCCAAGCAGCUUGGUGAGAAGGUGACAAAAGUUGGUGCGAUUAUUCGCAAAUGAAAGAAACACAAAAGAACUGUCAAUCUCCCUCGGCCUGGGGCUCCAUGCAAGAUCUCACCUCGUGGAGUUGCAUUGAUCAUGAGAACGGUGAGGAAUCAGCCCAGAACUACACGGGGGGAUGUUGUCAAUGAUCUCAAGGCAGCUGGGACCAUAGUCACCAAGAAAACAAUUGGUAACACACUACGCCGUGAAGGACUGAAAUCCUGCAGCGCCCGCAAGGUCCCCUGCUCAAGAAAGCACAUAUACAGGCCCGUCUGAAGUUUGCCAAUGAACAUCUGAAUGAUUCAGAGGAGAACUGGGUGAAAGUGUUGUGGUCAGAUGAGACCAAAAUCGAGCUCUUUGGCAUCAACUCAACUCGCCGUGUUUGGAGGAGGAGGAAUGCUGCCUAUGACCCCAAGAACACCAUCCCCACCGUCAAACAUGGAGGUGGAAACAUUAUGCUUUGGGGGUGUUUUUCUGCUAAGGUGACAGGACAACUUCACCGCAUCAAAGGGACGAUGGACGGGGCCAUGUACCGUCAAAUCUUGGGUGAGAACCUCCUUCCCUCAGCCAGGGCAUAGGAAAUGGGUCGUGGAUGGGUAUUCCAGCAUGACAAUUAACCAAAACACACGGCCAAGGCAACAAAGGAGUGGCUCAAGAAGAAGCACAUUAAGGUCCUGGAGUGGCCUAGCCAGUCUCCUGACCUUAAUCCAUAGAAAAUCUGUGGAGGGAGCUGAAGGUUCGAGUUGCCAAACGUCAGCCUCGAAACCUUAAUGACUUGGAGAAGAUCUGCAAAGAGGAGUGGAACAAAAUCCCUCCUGAGAUGUGUGCAAACCUGGUGGCCAACUACAAGAAACGUCUGACCUCUGUGAUUGCCAACAAGGGUUUUGCCACCAAGUACUAAGUCAUCUUUUGCAGAGGGGUCAAAUACUUAUUUCCCUCAUUAAAAUGCAAAUCAAUUUAUAACAUUUUUGACAUGCGUUUUUCUGGAUUUUGUUGUUGUUAUUCUGUCUCUCACUGUUCAAAUAAACCUACCAUUCAAAUUAUAGACUGAUCAUGUCUUUGUCAGUGGGCAAACGUACAAAAUCAGCAGGGGAUCAAAUACUUUUUUCUCUCACUGUAUACUUAAUACAUAACUUAGCCUACUGUUCUGACUUGGUGGUGCUCAUGUAGCCUAUAGCCAGUUUUAGAGAAAUGUCAUUAUCGAAUAUUGUAGAAGCUUUCAUUGUCUGCUUAUAUGCCCGUUAUUUAUCCUACAUUUUGACCUGGUGUACAGGGAGAAUACUGUAAGAACUGCCCAUGUUCUGAAUUAUGUCGCUGUCCAUUUCAAAAGUGCUGAACAAAUAGGCAUAUCGUCCAUCUGAGCUCGCUCAUUAAUGUCUUAAUCAAAAUUGCCUCUUAUCAGCUCAUCAUUCCAUUAUGCCAUACUUUGUACAUCUCAAUUGUUAUAUUGCUUAUAUAGGUCUAUCUCAUUAGUAUCUUAUUCAUACUUCACAUACUUAGUCUCUCUCUCUCUCUCUCUGUGGUGACUUAAAGAAGAGUAAAGUUAACGCCUCAACAUCUUGCUGAAUUUAUCUAAACUAACACCUAUCUAAAUUUCUGUCUGUGUCCAUUUUGAAAGUGCUGAACGAAGGCCUACCUCGUCGCAGCUUGUUUGCUUGCACUUGCUUAUACUUAGGGCUUAGUGUUAAUGGUAUAUGAACAAUCAUUAUGAAUCUACUGAACAUAAAUGUAAUAAUAUUUGUGUAUGGCUCAAAAGCCAAACUCAUUUCGGCAUUCGUUAUUAUUGAAGGAGAAUGCAUUUUUUUAUCUAGUUACGCAACUCCACAAGUCAGUAGAAACCAUAUUUAUUUAAGCAAGUCAGCCAUAUCAGCUAUUGUUUUAAAAAGGCGGUAAACGAGGCUGAAUGAACUUUUUCCGCUGCCAGUUGAGGCUCUGCUGAUAGCCAGGUGUAGCGGUGUUAAGGAUUCACUCCAUGGUCCUGAACAGAAAGCUCUGCUGUCGGCACAGCUUUAUGUAUGCCCUAACAGUUUGUGGGCACCGUUUGUCACUGUUAUAGUGCAAUUAAUGUAUUGUUUAGUGUUGUGUUGUGUAGUGGCUUUGCUGGCAUGCAACAAGAAAAAAAGAGUUUGCCCCAACAACAUUUACAUGCUAAAAUCACCAGCAUUGAACUCUAUAGCACUCUUGACAACCACGUUGAAUGUGACUGCACAUCAAAUGUUGCAAUGGUAAAACGUUUUGUAUAAUUUUCGCUUACUUUUAAUUCUUGCCUAAUAUGUUGACAUGCGUAACCUUUUUUUAAAUCAAUUCUGAUAGUUGUUAAAAGCGGUGUCUUAACAUACACAAUACUCUGUUGCAGAUAAGCAUACCCCAUAUAAGAGAUUAAGGGUAAAGGACAGAUCACGCAUUAAUUUUCUGAAAGAAAACUUAGCUUGGGCUAAGGCUAGAUUUACUGAUUCUACCUCUGACUGGCAGUCCUUCAGAUAUUUGAGAAAUGUCUUACUCUGGUUAGAAAAGCAAAGUCAACAUACUUAUUGAAUUGUGUAUCUGAGAGUGGUAGAAAUCCAGCUAAAUUCAAAUCUUUGAAAAUAACUCCACCCCCUCAUUGCCCCAGCAGGUUAUGACAGUCUCUGGUACCAUAACAGACAAAAAUACAUUUGUGGUGCUUUUAAUAACCAUUUUGCCUCAGCUGGCCAUCUAUUUGAAAGAAUGGUUUCUGAAAAGACCUCAACUUCCACUAGAGGGAAUCCUUUAUUCACCUCUAAACAGAUAGCAGAGAAUGAUGCACUUCCAGGCACUCUUUUUUUCUCUCAUUUGAACCAUUUUAUGUUAAUGAUGUAUUAAGUGCCUUGCAAAAAAAUGGAUGUAACAAAAUCCAUAGGAGCUGAGUCGCUUGAUCCCUUUCUACUGCAGCUUUCUGCCCCCCUCAGCGUAGAACCUUUGACCCAAAAUGUGUUAUUUAACAAUUGCCUUUGGUGCUAUCCCUAAGAUCAGGAAGGCAGCGCAUGACCUAGAUAACUACUGCCCAAUUUCUAAACUGUCUUGCAAAAAUAUUAGAAUCACUGGCAACCUCUCAUCUAAGAACUUUUUAAACUUCAAAUUAUAUUCUUAAUGUGUGCCAGUCUGGUUUUAGACCUGGACAUAGCACCGUUUCAGCAGCUACGCUUUUCUUAAGUGAUAUAUUAAAUUACUUAGAUCAUAGGAAUCGCUGUGCUGCCAUAUUUAUAGACCUAUCCAAGACCUUUGAUACUGUCGACUAUCCCCUACUCAUUCAAAUGUUGUCUGAAAUGGGGCUCGACCAGGAGUCUUGCAAGUGGUUUGGGAACUAUCUGUCAGACAGAACACUGUGCCUACUGACGGUGUCAAGUUACCUCGAUAUUACUAAAGGUUUCCCGCAAGGGUCGAUUUUGGGACCUGUCCUCUUUACUAUUUAUAUAAAUAAUAAUGGUCUAUCUGCAAAAACCUGUAACAUUCAUCUGUAUGCAGAUGACACUGUUAUGUACGCUAUUGCCCCUACGGCUGACCAGGCUGUGUUGGAGCUGCAAUCUGAUUUUGUUGCCUUGCAGAAAGUCCUGAUUGAUUUAAAAUUGGUAGUUAAUGUGGGAAAAACUAAAUGAAUGCUGUUUUUCUGAUUCUCGUAAAAAUAUUUCUGAUGGCUUACACAUUUAUGCAUUGGAUGGUUCUUUCGUCAAGCAGGUUCCAGCCUAUAAAUAUCUGAGCUUUUGGAUUGACAAUAUUUUGACGUUUAAAAAACAUACGGAUGAGCUAGUUAAGAAACUGAGAUUUAAAGUAGUUUUUUUUAAAUAGAAAUAGAUCAUGCCUCUCCCUAAACAGAAGGAAGCAGAUUAUACAGUCAACUUUCCUGUCAGUUCUUGACUAUGGCAUUUAUCAGAAUGCAGCAGCUACUACUCUUAAACCUUUGAAUGCCGUCUACCAUAGCGCCCUUCACUUUAUCACAGGUUACAGUUUUGAUACCCAUCACUGCAUCCUGUAUCUCUCGACUAACCUGUACCCCAGCACAUUGACUCGGUACCUGUACCCCCUGUAUAUAACCUCGUUAUUGUUAUUUUAUUGUGUUACGUAUUUUUUUCUUAAAACGGCAUUGUUGGUUAAGGGCUUGUAAGUAAGCAUUUCACAGUAAGGUCUACACCUGUUGUAUUCGGCACAUGUGACAAAUAAAAUGUGAUUUGAUUUGUAUCAAAAGGUUGGCUGGUCCUCAUUAAAGUCCCGUAUAUCACUUCAUUACUCCCUUUUUGUUUACAAAGCUCUACUACACAAGCUUCCAACCUACCUCACCUCACUGUUAAAAUGUGAAAAUAUUAAAACCAAACCCGUUCACAGAGAUGGUUACCUCUCGAGGUUCCACUAGUACAUACCGAUCUAGGUAAAUCCGCCUUCAGUUUUAGUGACCCCCAUUUUUGGAAUAGCCUACAAAACUCCCUACAUCUUGACUCUCUGGUGCCUCUAGGGCAGUUUAGGAUUCAAUGUUGAAUGAAUUUAAUGAGAAUUGCAACUAAAUAAUUGUAUUUGUGGUGUUUGAAGCUGUAGGGUUGAUUGUGUAAUUUGUAUUGAUCAUUUUACAUUUACAUUUACAUUUUAGUCAUUUAGCAGACGCUCUUAUCCAGAGCGACUUACAGUUAGUGAAUACAUUUUUUUAUUUUAUUGGCCCCCCGUGAGAAUCGAACCCACAACCCUGCCAUGCUCUAUCAACUGAGGUACAUCCCUACCGGCCAUUCCCUCCCCUACCCUGGACGACGCUGGGCCAAUUGUGCGCCGCCCAUGAGUCUCCCGGUCGCGGCCGGCUGCGACAGAGCCUGGAUUCGAACCAGGAUCUCUAGUGGCACAGUUAGCACUGCGAUGCAGUGCCUUAGACCACUGCGCCACUCAGGAGACAUUUUGAAUUUGUAUUGUUGUCCUCAGGGCACAAUUGUAAAUGAGACCCUGGUCUCAAUGGUUUACCAAAAUAAAAGUUGUAAAAAAUUAACAUCGUCCUAAACCCUACUCCUAGCUAGUAGUUUUUUCGUCUUGAAACAGGUUUUAACAGGAUUCCUAGGACCUUUUCUGAGAUGCUUUGUGCAUACGGGCCCUGGUCUGACAAACACUGCUGUAGCUCUGCCACCUUCCAUCGCAGAUGCGGAAGGCUGACAUCUGCGGAUGCGUUAGAUUGAGAUACAGCCAUGCAAAAAAAUGAUAUCUCUAGUUUAAACAGACAGAUUUUGAUGGGGAUAUUGUAUUAUGCUAAUUCGAUUUCCGCACAGGCAUUGAGUCUAGGGGUUGUUUUAAGACGGAAAGGGUCUGCAUCCCAAAUGGCACCCUAUUCCCUAUAUAGUGCACUACUUUUGACCAGAUGAACCCUCCAUGAAGUAAAAAACUAUACUAUGGGCCCUGGUCAAAAGUAUUGCACUACAUAGGUCUCCAAAUGUUCACACGUUUGGAGCUCGGCCGCCUGUCACGACUUCCUCCGAAGCUGCCUCCCCUCCUUGUACGGGCAGGCUUCGGCGUUCGUCGUCACCGGCCUUCUAGCCACUGCCGCUCCUCAUCUCAUCAUUCCAUUUGUUUAGUCUUGUUUAUUACACACACCUGGUUCAUAUCCCCUCAUCAGUACCUGUAUAAGUAUUCCCUCUGCCCCCCAUGUCUUUGGGUGUGAUUCUUUAUUGUAGAGGAUAUUAUAGCUCGGUGGAGCUAUUGUAUUUUGUAUCGCCCGGGAUAUUCACCCGUGUGCCUUGUUUCUCCAGUGCACCGUAUUUACCGCACUGGAGUGUAUUACGCAUUGCUGCGUACCGCUGUGUUCCUGAUUAAACUAUAUAUUCUGUGAUUUACUCUCCUGCGCCUGACUCCGUCCGAAAUCAGCCGCCACACCGCUGUAGAAGCUCGGAAGCCCCACUUAUGAGGCCUCACGGCGAGAUGGCAGCCCCAUAGAUUUUUCUUUAAAUAGGCUUGGAGGAUUCCUUUAAUAAUUCAUUGAUCAUGACCAAGAUGAAUAAUUCACCGGCACAAACUUUGCUUUAGUAACAGUAUGCCAGGGCAUAAUGUGUAGAAUGUGAAAUCACUUUUUAUUAGCGAUGAAAUUCUUCAAAUGCUUUGGGGGAAAACGUUUCCUAAAGUCACUUACACUGAGUGUACAAAACAUUAAUAACACCUGCUCUUUCCAUGACAUAGACUGACCAGGUGAAUCCAGGUGAAAGCUAUGAUCCCUUAUUGAUGUCACUUGUUAAAUCCACUUCAAUCAGUGUAGAUGAAGGGGAGGAGACCGGUUAAAGAAGGAUGUUUAAGCCUUGAGACAAUUGAGACAUUGAUUGUGUAUGUGUGCCAUUCAGAGGGUGAAUGGGCAAGACAAAAUAUUUAAGUGCCUUUGAUCGGAGUAUGGUAGUAGGUGCCAGUCGUAGGGCUGUUAAGGUGACCGUAUUACCCCCACACUGACAGUCAGGAGUCAUGACCGCAGUCAAAUACGAUGUGACCGUUGAGUUACUGUAUCUAGGCUUCUCCAAAACUGUGUUCUGAUGCCUCUGAUGGUCAUUAGUAGCCUACCAAACUUGCUAAUGGCCGGUACUCAGCACUCUAUUGUCCCUCUAAUCACUCUGACAUCAAUGCAAAUGAAAUCGAAAAUCAAAUCAAACACUUCAUGAGACUUGAGACUGGCAGAAUCUUUUUUAAUACCUCACAAAUUAUCAAAAUGACAGGCUACUUUGACACUGACAAGCUGAGAAUCUGAGAUCUAUAAAAAUGACCUUGUCUUGAAUCCAUCAAUAGCCUAGGUGUGUGUAGACACAUAUUGUAGGUUACAAUAUGAGGAGGAAAUUAUAGUCCUAAAAAUGCUUUCCAGUUUCACUGACUCACCCAAUGAUGUGCAGGUCACUCGCAGGUGAUGGCCGAUGCGUUCGUGCCAAAAGCCUCUCUCUCUUGUUUUACUUUGUAAAACAAUAUUUGGAAGUUGCUAAAACACUUUGGUAGUCUACAGCAUACGGAUUAGUCUCUUUUCUUUUCAGCAGGAGCCAUUUGCUUUCCAACCUGUGUUUUCCGGCGAUUGUAUUAGAAAUAUUGCGAAAGGUCUGUUUUGUCUGCAUGCUGUUCACCGACAGAUUUGCGGCGCGAUUCCCGACUGUAGAAUAUGCCUUCAUAUUGGGCUCCACACAAUCCACAGCUAAGCUAUUUUUUAAAUAAGCUAUUGAGCCUCUACGGCUUACGGCUGAUGUAGUAGGCUAUUCUAAAUGAUUUCAUUUCUUUCUGAACACACAGCAGGUGAUAAAAGCAGAUCCCAGCUUUGUCGUACUGCUAUAUUUAUUGCUCAAAAACAGUAUAGCCUACCUAGCAUAUUAAAAAAGUAACUGCUGGUAACCUCCAUUCGCUAUUCCAGUGCAGGCUAUGGAUAACUUUUUUUUGUUGUUGGCCAUUUCUAAAUAAAAAUGUAUUCUACACAUAUAUUAGUAGGCUAUAUGUAAAGACCAGAUUAAAUUGAGAAUACUGCAUGAGCAUAUUAUCAAGUGCUUGUCAAAUUGUGAAUGAAAGACUGAUGAAGUGUGUGCAGCCUGCACAAGAAACAGAUCAGAGUGCUUCCCUUUCAUGCAGCGCCACGGGAAGUAGGGGUGCUGAGGGCGCUGCAGCACCCCCUAAAAAAUCAGAAUAAAAUGUAAAUAUAUAUUAUUUUGGAAAAAUAUAUUUUUUCACAAAAGUAGUGCACUGGGACUUUACUAGUAUUAGCGGACAUAUAUAGACGUCUGUAGCGCGGGCAACGUUGUUUUUCAGCAUCUCCGCUUUGGCUAAAAAGGUAGUUGUAUAAUUAAGAACGGAAUGUUGCUUUCACGACUCAGGAUAAGACCCAGAUGCAGAUACAGGAGGCGGAUAGUUCGAAUCUCAGGUAUUUAUUGUAACACAGGGGGCAGGCAAACGGCAGGUCGAGGGCAGGCAGGGGUUCGUAAACCAGGUCAGGCAGGUACAGGAUGACAGGCAGGCUCAGGGUCAGGACAGGCAGAAAGGUCAGAACCGGGUAGACUAGAAAACAAAACUUGAAAACAGGAAAAACGCUGGUACAACCUGAACAAGACAAGACGAACUGGCAACAGACAAACAGAAAAUGCAGGUAUAAAUACACAGGGGAUAAUGGGGGGAAAUGGGAGACACUUGGUGGGGGGUGGAGACAAGCACAAGACAGGUGAAACAGAUCAGGGUGUGACAGUUGCCGGAUUCAAUCGUUGGAAUUGUAAGAGUUGUUGCCCUGUCCCUUUCUCUGUGAUUGUCAUUCUAAUGGAAUCCAGAAAGAACAAAACCCUGUCCUCAAACAUUUACAUCAAAAGGUGGAAAGUUAUGGGUAAAGAUACAAAACAUCCUAAUCAAAUUAAAUAUUUUUCUUGAUCAAAUAACAUGGAAAACAACCACUUUUUGUGCAGUUACUGUAUUAUACAUUACUGUAUUGUACAUUAGCUGGUCAUCUAGGUUUGUACCUGUAGACUUUCCAUCACCAUGAAGAAAAGCAAUGCACAAUACAGUAAUUGAGUACAUUGAGACAUCAAGUGGUUUGUGAUGAGGUGAUGUGAGGAUGUGGCUCAGUAGGUAGAGCAUGGCGCUUAUAGGGUUGUGGGUUCGAUUCCCAUGAGGGACCAGUAUGAAAAUGUAUGCACUCACUACUGUAAGUUGCUCUGGAUAAGAGUGUCUACUGAAAAGGAAUGAAUAGACCAUUUCAGUUUUCACAUAGAAAUAAGUUGCAUUUGCAAAGUAUUUCAAGAAACUGGAAAACAUAUACCAAGCAAGUAUUUCUAUAUUCCACAAGUAUUAUCAGAUUAACUGGUUUGUACAGAUAAUUAUCAGACUCAAUAUAUAAAUGCUGGUAAACACUCAAAUACAUUCAGUUAAAAUGUUUUCACAAAAGUGAAAUGAUGUAGAUGUCUUCAACGCGGGCAAAAAUAAAAUUCUGCAUCCCCCGGCAAAAAAAUCGCAACACCCCUAAACUACUUCCAGCAGCCUUAGAAUGUAUUAGAAAUCAAAACAUAUAGCCUAACGUUUGUAUCACAGCUAAAGUUUCAUAAAUAACUCUAAAUUAAGCAUAUAGGAGGACCUGUUUAUUUGUUAACCGCUCAAAACAGAAUAGCCGCAUGUGCGCACUCCCUCAACUCGUUUGGGGAAAAAUAUCCUUUCUAUUUUAUUCAGCUAUGUUCAAUUGUAUUGUUCUUACUAUAGAGUAAUAUUAAAAAAUGCACGAGAAUUAUAAGAAAAUCUUGCCUGCUAAAUGAACUAGUGUAGCCCACAGCCAUAUGGCAUAGCCAGAUCAGGGCCUAACAUAAGGAUGACUCAGUAUGUUAUUCUAUUCUUCUGAAAUGGGCUACAUUUUCUUAAUAUCAUAAUGUUUCUUUAGAGGUGCCUAAAAUAAAUAAUGGAUUAUUAAAUAAUGGCUAUAUUAAAUGGAUUUAUUAUACUUUUUUAAAUGUAGAUGUUCCAAAGGUCCACAUCCGUGGCUUGCAGGCUAUGUGUGGAAGCCAGAGAUGCUAAAUGUGUCAAUUACCAUGAGACCGGCAGUUAUUUGAAUGACAAUCAACAGCUUAUAUGAUGUGGAUGUUUUGUAUCUUUGCCCAUAACUUUGCACCUUUUGAUGUAAAUGUUUGAGGACAGGGUUUUGUUCUUUCAGGACCGCCACAGCCCUAGCCAGGCACACCAGUUUGUGUCAAGAACUGCAACGCUGCUAAGUUCUUCACGCUCAACAGUUUCCCAUGUGUAUCAAGAAUGGUCCACCACCCAAAGGACAUUCAGCCAACUUGACACAACUGUGUGAAGCAUUGGAGUCAAAUGGGCCAACAUCCCUGUGGAACGCUUUCGACACCUUGUAGAGGUGUUCUGAGUGCAAAAGGGGGUGCAACUCAAUAGUAGGAAGGUGUCCUUAAUGUUUUGUACACUCAGUGGAUAUGGGGGUCUGCAAAGCAGCAAUUUACAAAAACAUUUCUAUAAAGUGAAUUCUACACAGAGGAGUUUUAUGUCAUCUUUCAACACUUGAGUUGUGCAGCGCACAGCAGCACAGUCUUUCUGUGGAGGCCUCAAUUGACUAACCCAAAGGAGGGACACAUGAAUGGGAAUGAUUCUCUAAUAAAGAUUCCACAGACUUUAAAAAAAUGAUAAAAGCAGGGAGAGUGGGUUAUAAAGCUGUUUGCUUUCAGACUGCUUAUUCUUCUUAAUGAAAGAAGGAAUGUUUACUUAUUAAAUAGGCAUGGCUUUAUGCCGCGGAGUCUGUUGUAUGAGCUUUUAUAUGGAAGAUUAAAGGAGGAACAUUUUCAAUUUAGUGUUAAACGCAAAGCCAGCCUUUCACUCUCACUACCAUUGAUACAGCACAUGCUGUACAGAGACUGCUAUUAUCAACUAGAGAGGGGCAGAGAAGCACCAAAAUGAGAAUCACUGCUAACUGAUUGUAGAUUUCAUAAUAUAUUUUCUAAAGCUACUCUUUGUUCAUCAUCAGAGAGCAGCAUGGUCACAUUAUAUUGGAAUGUAUAUGUAUUAGCUAUAUUGUUUGUAUCCAGUACUUUUAACAGUGCUAUUCAGGUAACUGAAACCCGACUCCCUCUGCACUCCCUGACGAAGAGUUUUUUAGAUUUUCGUCUAUUGAACAGGCCAUCACAAUAAAGGCAUUUUAACUACAUGAAGAGAAACACUGAUGAAGACAGCUUGCUGUCGAAACGUUGGUGAAUAAAUAAUUGCAUCUAGUGUGCGGAUUUUCCUUUUCUUUUAAACUAUAUGAAGAGUGCCUUGGUCCUCCUCGUUCUUUGACCCCCUCUCUCUCUGUUGUAUUGUAGACCCCCAGAUGGCCUCCAGCGAGGUGGAUGGGGUCAACAUGGAGGAGAUUCGGGAGUUCGCCAAAGCGUUCAAGAUCCGCCGCUUGUCCCUGGGCCUGACCCAGACUCAGGUGGGUCAGGCUCUCAGCGUGGCCGAGGGCCCAGCCUAUAGUCAGUCUGCCAUCUGCAGGUAAGGAACGCUUGGGGUUCCAAGUGAUUAACAUCGAAGCAUGGUAUAUCUUAGCAUAGAUCUGUUGAUUAUGGUGUCUUCAGGAAUAUUCCUAUCCUUCCCAUCAAGUGAUAAAUGGGUUUUUCUUUACUGCAGUGCAGAAUUUAAGUUUACUAACUAAUUGUGGUAUUAAAAUGACAAAUAAAUACAAUACAGUGAGGGAAAAAGAAUUUGAUCCCCUGCUGAUUUGUACUUUUGCCCACUGACAAAGACAUGAUCAGUCUAUAAUUUUAAUGGUAGGUUUAUUUGAACAGUGAGAGACAGAAUAACAACAAAAAAAUCCAGAAAAACGCAUGUCAAACAUUUUAUAAAUUGAGUUGCAUUUUAAUGAGGGAAAUAAGUAUUUGACCCCUCUGCAAAACAUAACUUAGUACUUGGUGGCAAAACCAUUGUUGGCAAUCACAGAGGUCAGACGUUUCUUGUAGUUGGCCACCAGGUUUGCACACAUCUCAGGAGGGAUUUUGUUUCACUCCUCUUUGCAGAUCUUCUCCAAGUCAUUAAGGUUUCGAGGCUGACGUUUGGCAACUCGAACCUUCAGCUCCCUCCACAGAUUUUCUAUGGGAUUAAGGUCUGGAGACUGGGUAGGCCACUCCAGGACCUUAAUGUGCUUCUUCUUGAGCCACUCCUUUGUUGCCUUGGCCGUGUGUUUUGGGUCAUUGUCAUGCUGGAAUACCUAUCCACGACCCAUUUUCAAUGCCUUGACUGAGGGAAGGAGGUUCUCACCCAAGAUUUGACGGUACAUGGCCCCGUCCAUCGUCCCUUUGAUGCGAUGAAGUUGUCCUGUCCCCUUAGCAGAAAAACACACCCAACGCAUAAUGUUUCCACCUCCAUGUUUGACGGUGUUGAUGGUGUUCUUGGGGUCAUAGGCAGCAUUCCUCCUCCUCCAAACACGGCGAGUUGAGUUGAUGCCAAAGAGCUCGAUUUUGGUCUCAUCUGACCACAACACUUUCACCUGAAUCAUUCAGAUGUUAAUUGGCAAACUUCAGACGGCCCUGUAUAUGUGCUUUCUUGAGCAGGGGGACCUUGCGGGCGCUGCAGGAUUUCAGUCCUUCACGGCGUAGUGUGUUACCAAUUGUUUUCUUGGUGACUAUGGUCCCAGCUGCCUUGAGAUCAUUGACAAGAUCCUCCCGUGUAGUUCUGGGCUGAUUCCUCACCGUUCUCAUGAUCAUUGCAACUCCACGAGGUGAGAUCUCCGAGGGAGAUUGACAGUUAUUUUGUGUUUCUUCCAUUUGCGAAUAAUCGCACCAACUGUUGUCAUCUUCUCACCAAGCUGCUUGGCGAUGGUCUUGUAGCCCAUUCCAGCCUUGUGUAGGUCUACAAUCUUGUCCCUGACAUCCUUGGAGAGCUCUUUGGUCUUGGCCAUGGUGGAGAGUUUGGAAUCUGAUUGAUUGAUUGCUUCUGUGGACAGGUGUCUUUUAUACAGGUAUCAAACUGAGAUUAGGAGCACUCCCUUUAAGAGUGUGCUCCUAAUAUCAUCUCGUUACCUGUAUAAAAGACACCUGGGAGCCAGAAAUCGUUCUGAUUGAGAGGGGGUCAAAUACCUAUUUCCCUCAUUAAAAUGCAAAUCAAUUUAUAACAUUUUUGACAUGCGUUUUUCUGGAUCUUUUUGUUGUUAUUCUGUCUCUCACUGUUCAAAUAAACCUACCAUUAAAAUUAUAGACUGAUCAUUUCUUUGUCAGUGGGCAAACGUACAAAAUCAGCAGGGGAUCAAAUACUUUUUUCCCUCACUGUAUAUUACCAGUUUUAUGGAAGUAAAUAUGUAUUAUACCAUUUCAUAUCUGAAUGAUGGACAAUCAUUUCUCUGUAGUUCAACUGACCCUCUUGCUGCACUCCUGUCAGUAUGCAGUAGUAGCUACAGUAGAUGAAAGCACUCAGCACUGCUGUAUUUGAGAGUGCACAUAAUCUUCUGGUGUCCAUGACGGCUCACAUCCAUAUUUCAUCUCAUAUUUAAGCAGACAUCAUUAAGAUAUUAAAAUGAAUACAUAAUUGAAGACCAUCCAGUCAAAUGAAGCUCUUUGUCCACUUCUUUCUCUCCUCUCACACGACAGCGCUGUUCUUUAUGCAAAAUACAUUACCUAGAGUAUUACACGAAGCACUUAAAGCAUUUAAUAAUUACUAAGGCCUAUUGCUGUUCCCUCUACAUUGGGCUUAAGAGAACCUGGCAAGAACUGGUCUGUUAAUAAGAUUGUUGUGUUCUACAGUCCCGUAAGGACAUGCGUUUAGUCAUGAACAGCUGCAUUAUCUAUUCAUUAGAUAAUCAGACAUAUAGUGUUUUACGAGAUAGUCUCUUCCUUUUUAUGCCUUCCUUCCACCUGGUUAACUUUAGUACCAAUGAACUAGACCCUUUAGAAAUACACCUACAGUAUCUCUAAUCAGGCAAAGUCACAUAGGGUGGGUACCAUUAUAUUAACACAAAGAGUUUCAUAUGAUCAAAAAGUAUAAUAAUGUAUGUUUUGUUUCAGUUUUUCCUCCCCGAACAUGUAAUAUACUGUAUGCCAUUUAGCAGACGCUAUUAUCCAAAGCGACUUACAGUCAUGCGUGCAUACAUUCUACAAAUGAGUGGUCCCGGGAAUUGAACCCACUAUCCUGGCAUUGCAAACGCCAUGCUUUACCAACUGAGCUACAGAGGACUACAAGUGAAAUCAAUAGUUUUAACAAUAUCAUAAUCACGUUUACUUAAGUUCUGGCAUUUGGUCGUGACCUUACUGUGGCUAAUUUCCUGUUACCUUUUCAUUUUUCUCUACCCAUAGUAUUUUGCUUUACCAUAGUUGCAUGGUUCACUGUCAAUAGUUAUCAGCACUGUACCCCGUCAUAUUCCUGUAUUCAUUUUCUAAUGCGUUUCUGAAAUACAUGUGCUUUGCUGAUGACCUGCUGCCCUGCUUAUGUGACACAUUGGUGCAAUGGGCUUUUAACAUCAACAUCAAACGGCCGAUAUAAUCUGAAACUGGAGGGAGCAGGGUUCUUAUAAUGGACAGCCCUUUCAAACUAAUGUUUAAAGUCUUAAAAAUCACACAUGAAAUAUUUACAAGCAUCCAUAAUUCAGAUAUUUAUAACAUACAUUAAAAGCCAUUAGCUUAAAAAUAAAUAAACAGGUAAUAUGUCCUUGUGGGUUUAUUUAUGUCGGUAAGACAGUCUUUUUUUGUUUGUAUGACAUUGGACAUGACAAGCAUCUUCUAUGUUUUAAGUAAAGAGGCAGUCUUCACAUGCUUUAGUUUAGUUAACAUCAACAGAGUCAUGGAAGUUGGAGGAGAAGAGGGGACUGCAUGCUAGCUCAGGGGCAUGUUGUUGUCCUAUAUCACUGGAACAGACAGUGACAGAUGGUUCCAUCUUGUCUGAUUUCAUUGCUCACUUUGUUAAAAAGCUUUAUUAGCUUAUCACAGGGGAACAAACAUCCCAUAAGUACAUCAUCAAACCAAUGGGUUUGGAUCUUGUCUUAUGAUAGAGUGCUUGGUACAUACAGUAAAUACAAUCUGUCAUAUUGCUGCAUGUCAUAUUUAAGGGUUAAACACAAACUAUUAUUCUAUUGUAUAAAUUAUUUAUAGAUAAUGUUGCAAAUGAUGAUUGAUGGCAUCGAUUCUUUCACAAAUGGAGGACACAUUUUAUUGCAGAAAAAUAUGCAUGAAGUUUGAAUCCACCUCCACCUCAAUGAAGCUACAUCUCCAAAGAUUCACAGUGCUCUUGAUGUGAAUACUGCUCACAAUGCAUAGGUGCACAAUGUUGUCUUAACUACUCAUUGCUGGUGUAAUUCUUGAAGAGCAAUUAUGUUGCCAUGUUUAAGCUGCAUGCAUUUACAACAUUAAUUCACACUAGAACACAGCCCUUCCACAUCAAUGAUUCAUAUCUCAUGACAAGAAACUGUUGUCUCUAAUUUGCGCAUCAAUGUAGCAGAAACGUGCCUUCACAUCCUCCAUAUUUGUAGCAGAAACGUGCCUUCACAUCCUCCAUAUUUGUAGCAGAAACGCGCCUUCACAUCCUCCAUAUUUGUAUUUUAUCACAUCCACUUCUUUCUCUACCUGCUCCUGGUAUGUUGGAUUAAUAUCUGAAAGAUGGGAUACUGAUUUAAUACAUCAUAUCAGUCCCCUGUAUUCUGUUAGUAAUGGACCCUCCACUCAGUCAAAGACCCACUCUUAGCCAUGGCCUCACAAUAUUCUUAAAGGGUUAAAUAUAAACAGUACGAUAGUCAUAUGCAAACCUUCAUUUUGGGCUACACUUAGCAGAUGUUUGCGCAUGGCCUGAAAAAGGUACUUUUAAGACCGUUAAGAGAGAUGGGGGAGGGGGGUAAAAGAGAUAUGUAUUUAUUUUCUCCAGGUGGUUCUGAACCAGUGGGAACCAGCUGAGCAGCUCCCGACUCAUUUUAGUGCAUUUGGUUCCUGUUGAUCCAUUAAAUGUCCUGUCUCUACCGACUCCUUAUAUUUACUAAAGUAUUCCCUGCAGUAUAUAACCGUCCUCUUUCCGCUGUUUAAAAGGUGGUUAUAAAUAAUAAUGACAGUCGACAAGCAGAAAUGCAACAACAAUCAGAGAGGGGAAACAGGAAAAAACAGGCAGGGUCCUUCUUCAGUAAGCUAGGGCAGCAUCACUUCCCUACUGUUCUGUAUAACCAGCCGACUUGCCACUAAGAAAUAUCUUUCAUUUUGUUUGUGUGAGAGGGGUCCUUUCCCCCAGCUCUAAGGCAUCUCCUCACCUGCCUGCCAGGAAGAUUCUUUCAAAGACAUCCAAUUUUGGUCAAGGUCUUAGAAGAGGCCUGGACAGGAACGGCUGUUGUUUUAAAGGGGGAUCACCUUUUCUCUCAGCUGCUCGCUCCCGAACACCUGGACAGAUGUCUGGACUCUCAUUAGAAGGCAGUCAGCUCAAACCACACUCUGACACUGACCCCAGCAUGAGAGAACCCCAGCGCCUUUAGCCCAGGUCCAUCUUCCUUCAUCAUGUGAAAGCCAAAAGCCAUUUCUGUGCUUGUCUCACAGAACUCUGCAACUGACAUGGUCAGAAUACACUGAGCUACAGUACAGAUACUCCUGAAAAUGUUAUAAUAGUACAUUAGCAUCCACUAUUUGUUGAGAUUACACUGAUUCAACAAGCCAUAAUUCAGCUGCAGUUUGUGACUCAGGAACUCUAUCAAAAUGUUGUAACUAUAGUUUUGUGCUAUUGAAGGUACUUUUCAAAAGCACUAAAGUGCACCAUACAUUACAUUUGAAGAAUUACUUAUGCUUCAUGCAUCCAUAAACUCUGAAGUAUAUUCAAGUCUGAAGGGUGGAAAUGUAUUCAUAUUAAAUAUACAAGAGAGCUUGAGGAGAGAGAAAAGUUUGAAAAAUGUAUUAAAAUGUGAAUUUUGAUUAAUAAUUCAAACUGCUUUUGUAAAGAAAUUACAGUUAUGUAUUUACACUUGCUCAAAUCGCUUACAAGCAUUUUUUGGAAUAAUGACGAUUUUCAAAACAGAGUCCACAAGACACAGAACUCUGUGGCCUUUUGCAAAACAGUAAAUAGGUUUUCGAAAUGUAGUUGCCUUCUGAAAACAUAAAUACAUUCAUUUAAACUAUAUUAUACAGUCAAAAUUGCAAAUAGAUUCAUCAAAAGAGCAUGACUGCCUGCAAAAAGAUGAACACAACUAUACUUAUCUCUUGAGUCCAAGCAGACAAAACAGAAAGUUAGUCUGUCUUUAAAAAGAUCCCACUAGAUCAAUACAUUUUCUUUGCAGUCACUAAAUCAUGCAAUCAAAAGUGCAGAAUUAUGGGCAAUUACUCUCCUUUUGUGCAUAUUUCACCAAAAAAUGUCAUACACAUCAAAUCAAAUAUUAUUCCUGAUUUAAAAAACAAUAUAAUAAUAAGCCCGUUGUGCAGGAUUCAUUCAUCGAUAUCAUCACGAUCCAAUUCCAUGUAUUCAAUACAUAGGCUGGUUUGCUCACAUUUUGUAGACUUUCCAAUUGGUUACAGAAACACAAUCCACAAUAGAAAUAGGAAACACAACUGAUACAGUAUGAAUGCAUAGGCCUCAAUGUACACCAAAGCAAAGCUCUAUAAUGGAAGGUAACAGUGUUGGAGAUGAUGACUUAGGAGGAACCCAAAGAGACUUAAAAGUAACCCAACUUCAUUCUCUGCAUCUCUGCAUGUCCUCAAUAUUGUAAAAAAAUCACAACAAUUGGACAGUUCCCAUUGCCUAGAUCUUUCCAUAUAUUGUACAUGGUAUGACACUGAUGGGGGGAUUUAACAUAUUGUGCAGUAGUAUUUAUUUAUAAUAUGCCAUUUAGCAGUCGCUUUUAUCCAAAGCGACUUACAGUCACGUGUGCAUUCAUUUUUAUGUAUGGGUGGUCCCGGGGAUCGAACCCACUACCCUGGCGUUACAAGCACCAUGCUCUACCAAUUGAGCUAUAGAGGACCACAAAUGCCAGAAACAGUGAACACAAUUGCACACAUUCCUCUUCUGAUGAAAGCAAUGAGUUAAUAUUCUGUGAACAAAACACUUAACAGUGAGUUUUGUAUUCAUUGUUGACGUUUGUAUUUAAAGUUUUGCAGAAAAGUGGUCUAAGAUAUGCAAGUCAGGUACAAAGGCAAGAAAAUGAUCAGUUCUGUAAAUGUAUUUCAGCAUUUGAUCAUUGCUGUUCUGCUAUAGAUACAUUUCAACACUGAUCCAAAAAUUGCUUGUACGCGACUGAGAAGAUCUAAGUGCAUGCACUGCUGCCUUUUUCACCAUAUUAAAAACCUAGAUUUUUUUAUCACUUCAGGGGAAGGUAUGGGAAUAAUGUUAAAUUCAUUGUUUGGUUAACCCCUUUUUACCUUUUGUUGAUUGGUGAUAUAAUAUGUGGAUUAUAUUUUACAUCAAUGUGUAGUGUAAUCUACAUUUGCUAAAGCUCAGUGUUUGAUCAUGAUAGUCACAUGAUCUGUCAGUUUUUUUUUGUCUAUCUGAAGUCUAUUUUUAGCUAAUGGCAGGGUCUCCUCGCUCCAACACUGCCUUUCUGGGACAGAGAAUCACAACCAAAUACAAGACAAGCGAAAAACAAAAUAACGCUCACUUCCAACUGCUACAACUUUGGCUACACACUGUCAUGAAUGUAUCCAAGGCUGGUGGGUGUCUUUGUCCCAGUGGCAGUUGUCUGGGAGAGGAGGCCCUUCCAGUUCACUGAGGCAGGCAGGUUAUCCCUUGGCCCAGCAGGGCACCUAAGUAAGAUUCUUCUCUCUCAAUUCUCCCCAGACACACCAUCCUGAGAAGCCACUUUUUCCUACCACAGGAAGCCCAAGAGAACACUAUAGGUAGCAGUCUGACAGGCAAACUGAACCCUGGCCUUUUAUAUCCUGCCAGGUUUGAGAAGUUGGACAUCACCCCAAAAAGCGCCCAGAAGAUUAAGCCCGUUCUGGAGCGCUGGAUGGCCGAGGCCGAGGCCCGCCACCGGUCCGGCAUGCAGAACCUGACCGAGUUUAUCGGCAGCGAGCCCUCCAAAAAACGUAAGCGGAGGACCUCUUUCACCCCGCAUGCUCUGGAGAUCCUCAACAGCCACUUCGAGAAGAACACGCACCCCUCUGGACAGGAAAUGACCGAGAUAGCCGAGAAACUGAACUAUGACCGCGAGGUGGUCCGCGUCUGGUUCUGCAACAAGAGGCAAGCGUUGAAAAACACAAUAAAGCGGUUGAAACAGCCCGGUGACCUGGACCUGGACCUCGGCCCGACCGCGCCCAUGGACCCUCUCUCUGAUUCUCUGGAUGAGACCCCAAAAUGA